AUGCGGUCUUUAUCCAGCAGCACAAAUUCAGAGGCCGGCCCUGCUCUUUGCCCACAUGCAACUAAAGUAACAGAUGGAAAUUCCCCUCUGGACCACAGUGGAACUCAGGAGGUUCAGGAUUUCAUGAAAUCUGCCUGUACAUCUGCAAAUAGAGACCAGGACUCCAGCACGGGUCAGACUGGUUCAACUCUUGACAGCGGGGUCAGCAGUGACAGGAGGCUGGAGAACAGAGGUGCAGUCAUUAAUGAGGAGAACUGGAUCCGGCCUGAUUUGCCCAGUAGAUGCACCUGGAGACUGGGUGCACCGACAUCAGAGUCACCUCACAGUCACCCACCACGCACAAAAGCCUGUGGAAUCCUCCCCAAUAUCCUCUGGAAAAUUGGAGACACACCUCUGGUUCGAUUGAACAGAAUCCCUAAAGAAUAUGGACUGAAGUGUGAGAUUUGUAAGUAA